AUUCUGAUUUUAGGAGCAGUUCUGGACCCAGCCUACAGGGAGCAGCAUUACCUACAAAGCUUCUGGUGACACCACAGAAGAAGAAACGGCAGUAGAAAGAGGAAGAGGAGGAGUCAACUUUCUCUCAGUUCAAGAUGGCAGACACUGGAGCAUCAUCAGUGAAGAAGAAGAAGACUACGAAGAAAACGAGCGAAGAGGAAGUGGGGGAGAUCCAGCAAAGUGGAGACUUCUUCAUCCAGCCCGAGUCUAAAGUCGCCUCUCUGGACACGUCUCAGUGGCCUCUGCUGCUCAAGAACUUUGAUAAGCUCAACAUCCGGACCGCUCACUACACACCUCUCCCCAACGGCAGCAACCCUCUGAAGAGGAGCAUCCAGGACUAUGUCAGGUCUGGCUUCAUUAACCUGGAUAAGCCGGCGAACCCGUCGUCCCACGAGGUGGUGGCCUGGAUCCGGAGGAUUCUGCGGGUGGAGAAGACGGGUCACAGUGGGACGCUCGACCCCAAGGUCACAGGCUGUCUGAUAGUGUGCGUGGACCGAGCCACGCGAUUGGUCAAGUCUCAGCAGAGCGCAGGCAAAGAGUAUGUGGGAAUCGUUCGGCUGCACAAUGCCAUCGAGAGCGAGCACACGCUAGCCCGGGCCAUGGAGACGCUGACCGGCGCUCUGUUCCAGCGGCCGCCGCUGAUCGCUGCCGUCAAACGACAGCUCAGAGUCCGAACUGUUUACGAGAGCAAACUGAUAGAGUACGACCCCGAGAGGAGGCUGGGGAUCUUCUGGGUCAGCUGUGAGGCAGGAACCUACAUCCGGACCCUCUGUGUUCACCUGGGCCUUAUGCUGGGGGUUGGAGGUCAGAUGCAGGAGCUGAGGAGGGUCCGGUCCGGAGUCCUGGGAGAGAAGGACCACCUGGUGACGAUGCACGACGUGCUGGACGCGCAGUGGCAGUUUGACCACAACAAAGACGAGACGUACCUGAGGAGAGUCAUCUUCCCCCUGGAGAAGCUGCUGGUGUCCUACAAGAGGCUGGUGAUGAAGGACAGCGCGGUGAACGCCAUCUGCUACGGCGCCAAGAUCAUGCUGCCAGGUGUGCUCCGGUACGAGGACGGCAUCGAGAUGAACCAGGACAUCGUAGUCAUCACUACCAAGGGGGAGGCCAUCUGCACAGGUGUGGCUCUGAUGACCACAGCGGUGAUAUCCACCUGUGACCAUGGGGUGGUUGCUAAGAUCAAGAGGGUCAUCAUGGAGAGAGACACCUACCCCCGCAAGUGGGGGCUGGGUCCCAAGGCUAGUCAGAAGAAGAUGAUGAUCCAGAAAGGACUCCUCGACAAACAUGGGAAACCCAACGGCAGCACCCCCACCGCCUGGAAGGAGGGCUACCAGGACUACAGCGUUUCCAAGGAGACUGAGUCAUGUGACACGACCACCAAGAGGAAGAGGGAUGCCGACAGUGAUGGGGAGACGGCGAGCGCUCCAUGCACACCGUCUGCAGAGGAAGUAAAGAAGGAAAAGAAGAAGAAAAAGAAAGAGAAGAGGCUGAAAGUGGAGGAGGCGGAGCCAGAGGAGACAGGAGUGGAGCCAGAGGAGGCGGCGCCAGAGACAGAGGUUGUUGACAGUGCCAAGAAGAAGAAGAAGAAGAAGAAACAGAAAGAAGACGAGACGUCGGAGUGACUGCGAGGAACCCCCACUGUCACCUGUCUGAAUGCAACGCAUUGUGGGAGUUUUAUAAUGGACUGCAUGAAUGCAGAGAGAAAAGACGACGCUUUUUGUUUUUUAUACAUUUUUUUCCCCUGCUGUAAAUAUCUGAACAGGAAGCGUGUUUUCAAAAUAAAAGUUUUUGUUUUCUGUAA